ACAACAUGGCGGCGGUGUGAGUUCUGAGCGUUGGUCCCAGCGACCCGGCGAGCUGCGCGAGUGGCCAGAGAAGGUAUCUGUCUUAGGAGACUGUCUCCUUUGGGAAGUCGUGACGGGGUGCCCUCAGUGUCCGUCGGAGAGCCCUGAGGUACUAAGACUUGGGUGAGAUCAGCCUGGAGAUCUCUUAGAGAGUCCAGAGGCAGAGGCUGUUUGUAGAAUGCCCUAUGGUUACAGCCAUUACUGAGCCAGGGAAGUACUACAAAGCCAUCCAACAGCAGAAAAGUAAUGGGGCCUUCCUCCCUGUCUCACCAUCUUGCAUCUCUUUGAUUCCAUCUGAAUGUUCACUUCCAAUUGAAGAGGAGGCCAGCCAUGUUCAGAGGCAACAAGUAGAGAGUAAAAGCCAGCUCCUGACUGGCAGGAACUCUUGGCUUAGCCAGAGAGCUUCCUUCGGACUUGUGUUCCUGGCACCCAGUGCUCAUUGAAGCAGCCCUCAGCCUCCUCAUGAGGACUAGGGACAGCGGGGACUGCACCACGAACUCCGGAUCAUGCCUGAGUGCCAGCACGGUGGCCUUUCCCACCAUCACUGGCAGCAGCAUGGCCAUGAGUGCCUACAGCAGCAGCAAUGCCAGUGCCUUUCCUGCCAGCUCCAUGGACACUCAGUUGUGCUUCCCAAAGAAGCAGGACAAAGUGAAGAAGAGGGUCAUCUGGGACAUUGAGGUGGCUGAGGAGCUACAAUGGAAAGGCUGGGUGUUGGGGAAGGAGAUCACCAAAAACCUGGUUCUGAAAAAUCUCUCCUUGAAAAUCCAGAAGAUAAAAUACAGGCCCCCCAAGACCAAGUUCUUCUUCACGGUCGUCCCCCAGCCCAUCUUCCUGAGCCCAGGCCUAACCCUCUCACUCCCUGUCAUCUUCCGCCCUCUGGAGAAGAAGGAGUACGUGGACCAGCUGUGGCUCGAGAAAGCAGAGGGGAUGUUCUGUGUGGACCUGAGAGCCACCCUGCCCUGCCACAGUCUGAUCUGCCCACCAUCCCUGCAGUUGCCCAUGUGCGCCAUGGGGGACAUGGCUGAGGCCUGGUUCUGCCUGGAAAAUGUGGGAGACCUGCCUACCUUCUUCACCUGGGAGUCCCCCAGCCCAUUCCAGAUGCUGCCGCCCAUGGGGCUGCUGGAACCAGGCCAGGCCUGCCGGGUCAAGGUGACCUUCCAGCCCCCAAUGGCUGUCAUCUAUGAAGCCCAGGCCACGUGCUGGUAUGGGGAGGGCAGCAAGCAGAAGAGCAGCAUCCAGCUGCAGGCUGUGGCCAAAUGCGCCCAGCUGCUGGUGAGCAUAAAGCAGAGGCGCCCGGAGGACCAGGAUGCUGAAGGCUUCCAGAAAGUGCUGCACUUUGGCUCUGUUGCUGUGGGCUGCACCGCUGAGAGGCAGAUCAAGCUGUAUAACCCGUCAGCAGUGAGCGCCCCCUUCAGGAUCGAAGUGGCCCCAGACAUGCUGGUCAAAGACCAGGCCUUCUCGUGCCCCACGGCCCAUGGCAUCGUGCCCCCUGGAGAGAAGAAAUUCGUGUCGGUGUUCUUCCGCCCUGAGACCUUGGACGUCAGGACCAUGGACUACUUGUCCAUCGUGCCCUCUGGCUGUGCCUCUCAGACCCUGCUCAAAGUCGUUGGUUUCUCUAGAGGUCCUGCCCUGUGGCUGCAGCACCACUGCGUUGACUUCAGUUGGGUCAACCUUGGGACCCGCUCAGAGCAGUCCCUGCGGAUGGAGAACAAGUCGGACUGCACAGCCUACUUCCACUUUGACAUCGACUGUCAGGAGAGCGUCUUCAGCAUCAGACCUGCCUUUGGGACCCUGGUGGGCAAGGCCUGCAUGACCCUGUGCUGUGUCUUCCAGCCCACUCAACCCAUCAUCUACUGGCGGCGGGUGGCCUGUCUCAUCCACCACCAGGACCCACUGUUCCUGGACCUGAUUGGGACAUGCCACUCAGAGAGCACCAAGCCAGCCAUCCUCCGGCCUCAGCAUCUCACGUGGUACCGCACGCACCUGGUGCGGGGCCUGACGCUCUACCCGCCUGACAUCCUGGGCAUCAUGCUGAGGGAGAGGAAGCUGGAGCAGGAUAAGAAUGGCGCCCUGAUGCUCCCCAUCGAGGACUCAGAGGACAUACCGGCCCCGCAGUAUCCCCUCAUUCCCCCGAUGACUGAGUACUUCUUCGACGGCACCAAUGACGUGGCCAUCUUUCCCCCGCCCGUCAGCAUUGAGCCCGUCGAGGUGGAUUUCGGUGCCUGCCCCAGGCCCAAGGACCCCAGCCCCAUUCCCCUGUGCCUGAUGAACCACACCAACGGCAAGAUCACCGUGGCCUGGACAUGCAGGGCUGACUGCCCCUUCUGGGUGACCCCAAACACCUUUGAUGUGCCCCCUCUCAAGUCCACAGCCCUGCGCCUGCACUUCCAGCCGCCUCACCCCAACGGCCUGUAUGCUGUGGAGCUUGAAGCCUUCGCCGUCUAUAAGGUCCUGCAAAGCUACAACAACAUCGAAGAGGACUGCACUGUGUGCCCGUCCUGGUGCUUGACACUCAGGGCGCAAGGCCACAGCUAUUGCCCUGGCUUGGAGCACCACAUCCCUCAGUACACCCUGCACGCCCCCAAGCUCUUUCCUGCAGUGCCCCCCAGCGAACCCUCCUACCGCAGCCUGCUCCUCGUCAACAAAGGCUCCAUGCUGCUCACCUACAGCCUGGGCCCCAAAAGCAGCUUGGACAUCUCCCUGCGGCCCUGCUCGGGCCUCCUGGGCCCUGGGGCCCACAAGGUCCUCCUCACCUAUACCUACCCUAAGGGCAGCUCCUGGAAGCAGCACAUUUUUUACCUGCAGUUCAAUUCCUGUCCCCAGUAUCUCAAGGAGGUGACCAUGCAGAGCCGCGAGGAGCCGCUGCAGCUGAAGCUGGACACCUGUAAAAGCGUCUUUUUCAAGCCCACCUGGGUGGGUUGCUCCUCCACCAGCCUCUUCACCUUCCGAAACCCCUCCCGUCUGCCACUGGAAUUUGAGUGGAGGGUCUCCCAGCAGCACCGAAAGAUGCUGGCUGUCCAGCCCGCCAGAGGGAUUAUCCAGCCCAAUGAGAGCCUUACGCUGACCUGGACCUUCAGCCCCCUGGAGGAGACCAAGUACCUGUUCCGAGUCGGGAUGUGGGUCUGGGAAGCCGGCCUGCCCCCAAACACCAAGCCCUCCGCCACUACCCACUACAUGCUCCGGCUGGUGGGCAUGGGCAUCACCAGCAGCCUGUCCGCACAGGAAAAGGAACUGGACUUUGGGAACAUGCUGGUGAAUGGCAAGCAGACCAGGAUGCUGGUGCUCCUGAACGAUGGCAACUGCACCCUCCACUACCGCCUCUUCCUGGAACAGAGUAACCCCAUGGCUGUCGAGAAUGGUCCCCUCGCUCUGCAGCUGGACCGCACAGAGGGGAGCAUGCCGCCCCGGUCCCAGGAUGCCAUCUGCCUGACUGCCUGUCCCAAACACCGGUCCCAGUACUCCUGGACCAUCAGUUAUGCUCUCGUCUCCCACAGAGAUAACAAGGCUGGGGAGAAGCAGGAGCUGUGUCACGUGUCCCUGACGGCCGUGUACCCCCUCCUCUCCAUCCUGGAUAUCUGCUCCAUGGGCAGCGCCGAGGGCAUCACCCGGAAGCAACUGUGGCACCUCUUCUCCCUGGACCUGCUCAACAGCUACUUGGAGCGUGACCCCACACCCUGGGAACUCACCUACAAGGUGCCCACCCGGCACAGCACCAGCCAGAUCCCCCCUGUCUUCACCGCUCUGAAGCUCAAUUUCAAUUUUGGGGCAGCACCGAUAGAUGCCCCACCCUCCGUGGUGCUCUUGGCCCUGAAGAACAGUGGCAUGGUGCCCCUGGACUGGGCCUUCCUCUUCCCGAGUGACCAGCAGAUCGACCUGGAGCUCUGGGCAGAGAAGGCAGAGUUUGACUGCACCGAGCUGCACCAGAUGCGCGCACAGGACAAUUGCAUCUUCUCCAUCAGCCCCAAGGCUGGGAGCCUGAGUCCCGGGCAAGAGCAGAUGGUGGAGCUCAAAUACAGCCAUCUGUUCAUCGGCACUGAUCGCCUCCCAGUGCUCUUCAAGGUGUCCCAUGGCCGGGAGAUCCUGCUCAAUUUCAUAGGUGUGACGGUGAAGCUGGAGCAGAAGUAUGUGCACUUCACCUCCACCAGCCAUCAGUUCAUCCCUGUCCCCAUUGGCGACACAUUGCCCCCAAGGCAGAUUUAUGAGUUGUAUAAUGGUGGCUCGGUGCCCGUAACAUAUGAGAUCCAGACCAACAUCCUGUCACAGGUUCAGGAAAAAAAUUUUGAUCACCCCAUCUUCUGCUGCCUCAACCCCAAAGGGGAGAUCCAGCCAGGCACAACUGCCCAGGUCUUCUGGAUCUUCUCGCCUAUUGAGGCUAAGACCUACACGGUAGAUGUGCCCAUACACAUCCUGGGAUGGAACUCAGCCGUCAUCCGCUUCCAGGGAGUGGGCUAUGACCCCCACAUCCUGGGGGACGCGGCCCCAUUCCACAACCUCUCCUUGUGGGACAACAAUGCCAUCCACUCAAGGCUGAUGGUACCUGGACAGAAUGUCUUCCUGUCCCAGUCACAUAUCUCCCUGGGAAACAUUCCUGUGCAGAGCAAGUGCAGCCGCCUGCUGUUCCUUAACAACAUCUCCAAGAAUGAGACAAUUGUCUUUGCCUGGCAGCUGAAGCCUCUAGACUUUGGGGAGGUGUCCGUGAGUCCUAUGAAAGGAAAGGUGGCUCCCGAGGAGACAGUCCCAUUCAUGGUGACCCUGAAGGCCUCAGUGCAUGCCAGCUUCUAUAGCAUGGACCUGGUAUGCAAGGUGUACCAGCAGGAACCCCUGAGGCAGUAUCGUAAGGAACUGCAGGAGUGGAAAGACGAGAAGCUGCGGCAGGAAGUGGAGUUCACCAUCACAGAUAGGAAAGUGAAGAAAAGGGCGUAUUGUACAGCUUGUGAGCCUGCGAGAAAGUACAAGACUCUGCCUCCCAUCAAGAACCAGCAGGAUCUCAACCGGCCGACCAGCUGGAACCUCAAAAUGGCAAAGGAGGAGACAUUCUGGCCAUGCCCCCAGCCGCCGUCGCCAGGCAUGCUCUGCCUAGGCCUCACUGCCCGUGCCCAUGCCACCGACUACUUCCUGGCCAACUACUUCUCUGACUUUCCCCGCCACUUCUUGCACUGGGAGCUGCCAAAGAGGUGCCCCAAGGUGGCGUCGGAGGCUGGUGAGGAAGAAUCCCCUGACAAGUGGGCCUCUGUCUCCAAGCAGGAGAAGCAGCUUCUGAUUGACUGCCUCUCCGCCAUCAUCAGGGGCCUGCUGGAAGACAAGCUCUUCCAUGAGGCUGUGGGACAAAACCUGGUGGAACAAAUGCCUUACUUCGGCCAGUUCUGGAAUGAGCAGUCGGCCAGGUUCGUGGCCCACAACAGCAGUCUGCACAUGGUGCCAGCCCUGUCUCAGUCCUCCAAGAGCUCAGAGUUCAGCAAAGAGAAGGAGGAGGAGGAGGAGGACAAACGGAGGCUGGGGAGUAAGGAGCAGGAAGAAGAGGAGGAGAAGGAAGAGGAAGAAGAGGAGGAGCUGGAGGAGGAGGAAGAGGAGGAGGAGGAGACGGAAGAGGAGGAGGAGAUGGGUGAGGAAGAGCUGCGAGAGCAGGAGGGGGAAGACAAGGGGGAGAAGUUGCCCUGGACAGAGGUGAAGCCCACGCUGCAGCCCACAUCCCAGGAGUCCCUGAAAUGGCAGUGGCAGCAGCAGAUGAAGGCCUUACUGAAGGAGAGGCAAGAGCAGGAUGAGAAGGAGGCCAUCAGCCGCGCCAUGAGCAGCGCCCCCGCGCAGGGUCCCGCGCCCGCCAGCCUCACGCUCUGGGAUGAGGAGGACUUCCAGGGCCGCCGCUGCAGGCUGCUGAGUGACUGCGCCAACAUCGGCGAGCGCGGAGGCCUGCGCCGGGUGCGCUCGGUCAAGGUGGAAAAUGGCGCUUGGGUGGCCUUCGAGUACCCUGACUUCCAAGGACAGCAGUUCAUUCUAGAGAAGGGUGACUAUCCUCGCUGGAGUGCCUGGAGCGGCAGUGCCGGCCACCACAGCGACCAGCUGCUCUCCUUCCGGCCAGUGCUCUGCGCGAACCACAGUGACAGUCGUGUGACACUGUUUGAGGGGGAAAACUUCCAGGGCUGCAAGUUUGAACUCAAUGAUGACUACCCAUCCCUGCCUUCCAUGGGCUGGGCCAGCAAGGAUGUGGGUUCCCUCAAAGUCAGCUCUGGAGCGUGGGUGGCCUACCAGUAUCCGGGCUACCGGGGCUACCAGUAUGUGUUGGAGCGGGACCGCCACAGUGGGGAGUUCCGUAACUACAGCGAAUUCGGCACGCAGGCCCACACCGGGCAACUGCAGUCCAUCCGGAGAGUCCAGCACUAAGUUUCACAGCCCCAGCGCCUCCCCUGAGGACCCUCAAUAAAGGCUCCUGAACCUGCCUGCC